AUGAGAGUUUCACUAGAAGCACAAGCCAUGUCAGGAGCUAACUAUCUUGAACACGGCUAUGACAUGGAAGAAUGGGAACGAAUGGAGUCUGAGGUACCUGCGUAUUUAUUAGCCGAAGAAGAUGAAGAAAAAAAGGAACCGGAAAAAAUAGUUCGUAAGCGUUAUUUUCUGUCCUCGGAAAAUAGUGAUCAGAAGCAAUAUCACGCUUGUGAAAAUGAAUGGGAUGAAGUUGAUGAAGCACAAUACGAGGGCCAAAAGGCAAAAAAAUGUUGGGGUUAUUUGCCAUUGAGCUUUGGUAUGAUAAUCAUCUCGACUUUCUUUUGGCUACUGAUCGAGAAGUGUAGGAAGAUUAACAGCGGCACGGUUAUAUUGAUCGUGUACGAUUUCUGGGUACGAAUUAGUCGUAAAGAUUCAUAA